GAUAAGCAGCUGGCCUUGGAUGGGAGGCAAUGUGAGAGAGGCUUUUCAGCUGUUCACAUCCACAUGUUCAGUUGGGUGCAUUUCAUAGCCUGUAAUUCUUGUGCUGUCAAGCAAAGGGUAAAGCCUCCAGGUUGGUGCUGAAGAUUCUGUACAGGCAGACAGAACGGACUGGGCAUACACUGUACACCGACCGUACUGCAGAGAGGUCAAGCUGGCCUGGUUUGUAAGAAAUGUAUCAUCGUGGAGGAGACAGGGGGUGGCAUCAAAGACAUCGGAGAGAUAAUUCCACAGGAAUUCCAUCCGGAUCUGGUGAUUUCUCCCCUGGAAACGUUUUUCCUCCUAGAAAUCACCAGUCGACUCCCUACAGAGGUGGCUAUCAGGAUCAUCGAGACCAUGACAAUUAUGGCCAGUAUAAUCAUAAUGCAAGCCAUGACAGAAAUUAUGAUGAGGGCCAGUAUAUGGAAUAUCAAGAGCCCACAUACCAUGAUUAUCAUGAAGAAAACCGACCAUAUCGUGGAAAAAGUCGGCCAUAUCGUGGAGAAAACCGACCAUAUCGUGCAAAAGAUCGGCCAUAUCAUGGAAAAGAACGGCCAUAUCACGAAGAAAACCAACAAUAUCACGAAGAAAACCAAACAUAUCAUGAGCAGAGAGAUACCAGAGAGCAAACUUAUCGCGUGAGAGGCCGCCAUGAAGGUGGCUAUCAGAAGGAUUUCCAUGGAGGAUAUCAGCAAAGUCAUGGAGAAUCAAAAUCUCAGCAUAAGAAGUAUGCUUAUAAGAGUACCUAUAAGCCACAAACAAAAGAAAAUGAUGUUGACAUGAAGACUAAUACAGCAAAACCUGUACAGUCAGUGGUCCAUAAUCAAGGGAAGAGUGUUAUAACUUUAGUAGGCGGCAGCUCUCCGAAUCCCAGUGAAACUAGGACUGUGCCGUCACAGAAUAAGAAUCUUGCACAGGAGACUGCAAAGCCUGCACAGGAAGAUGCAAAGGCUGUACCAGAAGAUGCAAUACCUGAAGAAAAUAAUAAGCCUACUCAAGAUGAAACAAAGCCUGUACAGAAUGGUGCAAAAGAUGGAGCAAAGCCUGCACAAGUCAGUGCAGAGCCUUUAAAAGAAUAUAUUAAACUUUUUAGCGAGAAUAAGAAGCCUUCAGAAGAAGGUAUAAAGCCCUUAGAUAAAGGGAAAAAUCCUACCAAAGAAGAUGUAAAAGUAGAACAUGAAGAUACAGAAAUUAAUAAACAAAGUGAAGAACAAAUAUGUGACAUUAAACCAAGCACAACAGAGAUGACAACACAACUUAAGUGCUUGAAAGAUACCAAAGAGGACUUUCAGACAAGGUCAGUAUUUAAAGAAGACAAACAAGAAUACAGCAAUUCUGGGGAUGAAACCCAAGAGGAAACCUUUUUGGGAAAGAGAAUACGCAGACAAGAUGAAGACCAGUUCUUCGUGAAUAAAAGUGUGGAGAUCCCAUUACUGGGUGGUUGGGCAGAUAUGCCCUCAAACUCUACAGAGGCAGCUGGCACCAGUACAAAGAGACAUUCGGAACCAGUUGUGAACUAUGGACUCUCUCAUACUGCGCAGGAACUACGGAAAGCAUUUAUUUUGGCGAAGAAAGAAGAGAUCGAGUUGGCAUUUUCCCAAGAUUGCAGGACAUUUGCAUAUGUUGCCAGCACCUUACUAAAAAAAGACCCAUCUCUUGAGGUUUCUGUGUCAAAUGCCUUACGGUCUACUUUGCAGGACAUUGCUGGACGUUGUGUGCAAGAAAUGAGCAAAUUCAUAGACCGUUAUGACAAUAUCCCUGUCGACAUUUCAGAAAGACUGCAGAAUUCCGAUAUAUGAGGACUGAUGCUGACCGUUUGUAUAUAUAGGGAUCAGCAAGAUUCUUUAUUCUUUUUCUUUUCUUUUUUUUAUCAUCUUGGACUUGUUUCUAGCACAUCUAGAAUUUUUUUAUAGAAACUGCACCCAAGUGCCCAAGAUUGCCGCAGUCAAGGCAUGUCUGAGUUGUAUUCUUGAUUGUGUUAUUCUGGUUUGAAAUAAACUCCCACUUUUCCCAAACAGUAUUACAUAUGGGGAGAUAAAUAAAACCAUAGACCAAAAAAACAUAAUCUGGUUUAUUUAUAUGCUACAUGAAGGGUCCAAGGCUGUAUUUACCAUGCUCAAAACUGGAAUAACAGUAUUCUAGCAGACCAUACAGUGCUUUGCACCUGUAUGUGUGUUGUCUUUAUGUGUGUUACAUGAAAUGAGAGCCACUAAGCAGGAAAGAUGUCUCUUGGUUAUAUUUAAUAGCAAAUCCUU